UUGAGGGAAGCGUCUUGGGAAUCGGGUUUUCCGAGCCUCUGCAAGCCUCUGUGCCCGUUUUUUCGCAGCCGCCCAACGGCCGGGAUGGUGAUCGAGGUGGUGAUGCCGCUGGACAGCUCCGGCUUGGCCCGGUUGUUGCGGGACCCGACGGAAAGCGGGCGGACGCUGGUGCUGGAUUGCCGGCCGUUCCUCGCUUACUGCCAGGCGCACCUGCUGGAGGCGCGGCCGGUGCACUGGAACGGGCUGCUGCGGCGGCGGUCGCGGGGCCGGAGCGGCGUCAGCUUGGAGUGGCUGGUACCGGAUCGGGCGCUCCUGAGCCGGCUGCGCAAAGGCGAGGUGGCGCACCUGGUGGUAGUGGACGAAGCCGGCGGAUCCAUCUCGGCUCUGCGGCCGGACAGCCUGGCCAGGCUGCUGCUCAACGCGCUGCUGCGGGAGGAGAGGGCCGGCACGUCCCACAUCUACCUGCUGGAAGGUGGUUUUGAACACUUCCAAGCCAACUUCCCAGAAUUGUGUGCAGUCGCACCACCCACCUUGGCGCCUUCCCCAGCCUUGAGAUGCCCCGAAGACAAUGGAGCAGAAGUGGCGACUCCCUUGUAUGAUCAGGAUGGUCCGGUGGAGAUCCUACCUUUCCUUUACUUGGGUAGCUGUUACCAUUCUUCCAACAGAGAGGUGCUGGAGUCCCUGGGAAUCACCGCCGUCCUGAACGUCUCUUCCAGUUGUCCCAACUACUUUGAAGGACACUUCCUCUACAAGAGCAUUCCCGUAGAAGACAAUCACAUGGCCGACAUCAGCAUAUGGUUCCAGGAAGCCAUAGAUUUCAUUGACUCUGUGAAGGCCAGCGGUGGGCAUGUGCUGGUACACUGCCAAGCGGGCAUCUCCCGUUCCGCCACCAUCUGCCUCGCCUACUUGAUCCAGAGCCGCCGGGUGCGCCUGGAGGAAGCCUUCGAUUUCGUCAAGCAGCGCCGCGGAGUCAUCUCGCCCAACUUUGGCUUCAUGGGGCAGCUCCUGCAGUUCGAGACCGAGGUGCUCUGCCAUUAGUCCGCAGCUCCUCGUUGCUCUGCGUGAGAAGGCGGCCAAGAGAGGCUCC